UCGGGGCCCUCCCGACCGCCCGGACCCGCCGCGACAGCCGCGACAGCCGCGACAGCAGCCACGGCAGCGGAGCCGAGCCGCGCUCCGCGCCCGCCGGGCUGAGCGCAGGUGGGCACAGGAGCCAGCAGACUCAGUGACUGGGAGCCAUGUCGGUCAAGCUGACGUUUGUGUCCCCUGGGGACGGGGGUGGCAUCAGCAGGAGCUGCUCCUUCACUGGGUUCAGCACCGUGCAGAGCAGAAAACUGGCCAAGUCCCUCAGCAGAAGUUCAGUGAGAUCCAGGAUGUCACUGAAACCCCCCAAGGCCUAUAAUUCCCUGCAGAAGGGGGCACUCAUCUGGGAUCCAAAGCCACUCCAGGUGAAGAAAAUUUUUGAAGCUUUGAAGAAAGGACUUAAUGAAUACCUGGAGGCACAUCAGGCUGAGCUGGAUUAUCUCUCUGGUCGGCACAAAGAUACCAAGAGGAACUCUAGAUUGGCUUUCUACUAUGACCUGGACAAGCAAAUCCGCUCGGUGGAGAGGUACAUCAGGAAGCUGGAAUUUCACAUUAGCAAGGUAGAAGAGCUCUAUGAAGCUUAUUGCAUCCAGUGCAGGCUGAGGGAUGGGGCCACCAACAUGAAACAAGCCUUCUCCCUGUCCCCUUCCACCAAAGCCUCCAGGGAGAGCCUGCUGGAGCUCUACAAGAAUGUCCAGGAGUGCACAGAGGACAUGUGCUUUAUAGAGGGGGCUCUGGAGGUCCACUUGGGAGAGUUCCACGUGAAGAUGAAAGGGCUGGUGGGCUUUGCUCGUCUCUGCCCAGGAGACCAGUAUGAGGUGUUCGUGAGACUGGGGCGCCAAAAAUGGAGGCUGAAAGGCAAAAUUGAGACUGAUGACAGCCAGACAUGGGAUGAGGAAGAGAAGAUUUUCAUACCCAAUCUGCACGAGAAGUUUGAAAUCAAGGUGACAGAGCUGCGGGGCCUGGCCACUGUCCUGGUGGGGGUGGUGACCUGUGACAGCAUCAACUUCUUCACCACCAAGCCCCAGGCCAUCGUCGUGGACAUCACUGAGCUGGGCACCAUCAAACUGCGGCUGGAGGUCCUCUGGAACCCCUUUGACACUGAGAACCUGUUUCUGUCACCUGGAAGCACUGCCAAGUUCUCUGUGGGUAGCAGGAAGAGCUCGUUGUACAACUGGACCCCCCCAAACACACCCAGCUUCAGAGAGAGGUAUUACCUGUCUGUUCUGCAGCAGAGGCAGAGCCCAGGGGAUGCAGGGGAGGAGGCCCAGCCUCCCAGCAUCCUGAGCUACCUGGCUGCCUGUGAUUUCGAUGUCCCUGGGAGGAACAAGCCCCGCAACCCUGCGGAGACGAGCGAGGGAGACUCGUUCAGCUCUGAGGAUCAGAAAGGGGCAGAAUCCAGAAGUACAACCCCAGCCCAGGAGCACAGGGUGCUGCCACUGGUGAUUAUUCAAGAGGCUGGAGCAGAAGAGCUGCAGCAUCCCGUCCCAGAUCACAGCACUCUGGACAUCCUGAAGAAGACUCCGUGUGUGGACGGAUUCCCAAGCAGCCCCUCCGGUUUUCCCAGCCGUCACAGAGGCAGCAGAGACUCUUCCAGCCAGGCCCGGCUGGCAGAGCAGGAAAACAUCAGCCAGAGAAGCUGGAAUGCUGCAAACGACCCCAAAGCAGAGGGACGUGCAAAGCCAAUGGACAGGACUCUGCAGGAAGUGUUACAUUUGCUGAAAUCGCGUGAUGAGGGGCAAGCCCAGCUGCAGAAAUUGGAAUGCCACGUUUCGUCCCUGAGGGAUAAAUUGAAGCUGAAGACACUUCACAAACAUUCCUCUAUGGAGAGUUUAAUGGUGGAGACAGUGCUGGAGAGUUUUGAUUUCCUGAACACUGACUGCAGUGCUGAUGAGCUGUCCCUGUUUGGGAGCAUAAGGACAGGCAGUGUCAGCACAUACAAUGACAAUGUGCUGCAGUCCCUGAGCUGUGACACGAGACCAGAAGCACGAGAUGUAACUACUGGGGAUGACAACCUAGACGUGCUGCUGAUAACACACCUGAGGCUGUGCAAAGGUCUCCUGCAGAAACUGAGGACACCAAAUGUAGCCCAGGUGGUCCAGGAGAGCAUUUUGGAAGAAGUGUCAGAGCAGACACGAGUCCUGGGGGAUGUCCUGGAUCUGUCUGUUGAGAAAAUUAUUCAGAAGAUUAAAAAGAAGAAGCAAUAUCUGAAAAUCUGGAGUGAUCUUGCAGAGCCUGGCAGCAGCAUCCUGGUGACCUCAGCAGAAAGGUUCCGCCAUGCACUGAAGUACACAAUGAUGCUCAAAGUGAAGGAGAAGUACCCCAGCCACCUGGAGACAGUGCUGCAGAGGCUGCUGGAGCAGAUCCUCACCUGUGAUGGGUUGCUCCCCUCCUCACGUUUCCAAACAGAACCGGUGACUUUAUUCCAGUUUUAUCGGUACCUGGAGAGGCACCACAUUGGCAGCCUGGAGAAACAACUGGCCAAACUGGCUAAAGAAGUGAUGCUGAUCGAGGAGCUGCAGUGCCCCGGGAGGCUGAAGACGCUGAAGAGGCUGAAGGGGAAGAGGCUGAGCCGGCUGCAGCCGCUGCCGAGGACGCUGCGGCUGCUCGGGCUCCUGCAGCUGGACGAGAAUCACCGAGUGAGCAAAGCGGCCACGGCGUGCCUGGCCCGGGCCAGCGGCUGCGGCAACCUCCGGGCUCGGGCUGUCCUGUUUUACACCGAUGCUCUGUCCGACUGUGAUGCCAGGCUGCAGCAGGCUGCGUGUCUGGCUCUGAAGAACCUCAGGGCUGUGGAGAGCAUUGAGCAGGUUGCCCACCUGUGCCAGUCUGAAACAGAGGAAGUCAGGAAUGCAGCCAGGGAAACUACACUGUCCUUUGGGGAACGGGGCCGACAAGCCUUUGAGAAGAUGGACAGGAUCUGCUGUGAGCUGAGAGAAACAGCUCAGGAGGCUGAGAUUGAAAUCACAGUGUUUUAGUCAUGGGAUGCGAGGAGCUGGAUCCCAUAGUCCCCACAGCCACAUGGGUACCUGAGGGUUUGGUUUUGUCUGGUUUCCUUCUGUCCUGUCCUAGCUGCCUCCUUCCCCAGGACAGGUUUAUUCCAAAGGGGACAGUUUGUGAUCUCCAUGAUGCAGCCUGGAAUGUUUCCUCAAUCUCUCAGCACAUGAGCAAAUACCAAGUGCUGGACAAAUGAAAACUGGGAUCUCUCAGAACGUGGAUCCAGGUCUUAACUGGAGUUAAAAUCUCCAUCUUGCCGGAAUUAGCUGUCCCUGCUCCAACUCUGUCCAGUAUGAUCUAUUUUCCCAGGAAGUGAUUUAGUAAUUUGGCAUUCUCCAAGGAGACAAAUGAUCACUCUCCCAUCCAUCAAUUGGCCUGUCAGGAAAACAAAUCCAGCACCAUUGCUUGGUGGUUUCCUUUGCUUGGGCAAUUUAGCUGCAGAAGGAAAACGUGGUACUCCCCAAGUGACUUUGUUUAGAAUUGCUGCAGCUCAGGCCAGGGCCAGCAGGGCCUGGCAGGCUCUGUAAGGGGUGUGUGUGCUCAGCAGCAGGGGCUGCAGGGGAUUUCCUAGGUGCAGGUCUGACUGAGGGAGGGACACGUUUGUUCUUUUAAUACUCUGAAUUUAGUCACAGACCAAGACUUCUCCUCCUGAUCCACCUUGGCUGGGCUCAGCCCCCAGCCCUGGCUGGCAGAGUGCCCAUGGGGAGCAGCCUGGCUUCAGGUGCAAUACUUGAAAGGUUUGGGCUUGUGUGUACAUAUUUUUAUAUAUAUACAUACACUUAAAACUUUUCUAUUUGGUAUUUAUUUGUUGGAUUUCAUACUGUUUUCUAAAGUUGUAAUAAACCAUUUGAAACAAG